UGGACUUCCUGAGGAGGAUGAAGCAGGAGGAGCUGGCUCAGCGUCUGUGGAGCAAAACUUUUGCUGGAGUCUGCCAAAAGAAGCUGAAACAUGAUCUGAAGAAGAGGUUCCAGCGUGUGUGUGAGGGGGUCGCUAAACAAGGAGAGUCCACCCUCCUGAACCAGAUCUACACAGAGCUCCACAUCACAGAGGGAGGGGCUGCAGAGGUCAAUCAGGAACAUGAGGUCAGACAGAUUGAAGCAGCAUCCAGGACAGCAGACAGAGCAGAAAGAAGCAUUGGACCAGGAGACAUGUUCAAAGGCCCACCUGGAAGAUCUCAACCAAUCAGAACAGUGCUGACAAAGGGAGUGGCUGGCAUUGGGAAAACAGUCCUGACACAGAAGUUCACUCUGGACUGGGCUGAAGACAAAGACAACCAGGACGUCCACUUCAUAUUUCCAUUCACCUUCAGAGAGCUGAAUGUAGUGAAGGAGAAGAAGUUCAGCUUUGUGGACCUUGUUCAUCACUUCUUCACUGAAACCAAAGAAGCAGGACUCUGCAGCUUUGAAGACUUCCAGGUGAUCUUCAUCUUUGAUGGUCUGGAUGAGUGUCGACUCCCUCUGGACUUCCAGCACACUGACUUUCUGACUGAAGUUACAGAGUCCACCUCAGUGGAUGUUCUGCUGACAAGCCUCAUCAGGGGGAAACUGCUUCCCUCUGCUCGCCUCUGGAUCACCACACGACCUGCAGCAGCCAAUCAGAUCCCUGCUGACUGUGUGGACAUGGUGACAGAGGUCCGAGGGUUCACUGACCCCCAGAAGGAGGAGUACUUCAGGAGGAGGUUCAGAGAGGAGGAGCAGGCCAGCAGGAUCAUCUCCCACAUCAAGACCUCCCGAAGCCUCCACAUCAUGUGCCACAUCCCGGUCUUCUGCUGGAUCACUGCUACAGUUCUGGAGAAGGUGUUGAAGAGCAGAGAGGCAGGAGAGCUGCCCAAGACCCUGACUCAGAUGUACAUCCACCACCUGGUGGUCCAGGCUAAAGGAAACAAGGUCAAGUAUGAUGGAGGAGCUGCCACAGAUCCACACUGGAGUCCAGAGAGCAGGGAGAUGAUAGAGUCUCUGGGAAAACUGGCUUUUGAUCAGCUGCAGAAAGGAAACCUGAUCUUCUAUCUGUCAGAUUUAAAAAAGUGUGACAUCAAUCUCAGAGCAGCCUCAAUGUACUCAGGAAUGUUCACACAGAUCUUUAGAGAGGAGAGCGGCCUGUACCAGGACAUGGUGUUCUGCUUCAUCCAUCUGAGCCUUCAGGAGUUUCUGGCUGCUCUUCAUGUCCAUCAGACCUUCAUCAACUCUGGAACCAACCUGCUGGAAGAGAAACAAACAACCAUUCAACAAUCUCCACAACAGCCUCAGCUCCACCAUCUCCAUCAGAGAGCAGUGGACGAGGCCUUGAAGAGUCCAAAUGGACACCUGGACUUGUUCCUCCGCUUCCUCCUGGGUCUUUCACUGGAGACCAAUCAGAGUCUCCUUCGAGGUCUGCUGACACAGACAGGAAGUAGCUCACAGUCCAAUCCGGAAACAGUCCAGUACAUCAAGGAGAAGCUGAGUGAGAGUCUGUCUGCAGAGAGAAGCAUCAAUCUGUUCCACUGUCUGAAUGAACUGAAUGAUGGUUCUCUGGUGAAGGAGAUUCAAUGGUACCUCAGAUCAGGAAGUCUCCACCCAGCACGACUGUCUCCUGCUCAGUGGUCAGCUCUGGUCUUCAUCUUACUGUCAUCAGAAGAAGAUCUGAAGGAGUUUGACCUGAAGAAAUACUCUGCUUCAGAGGAGGCUCUUCUGAAGCUGCUGCCAGUGGUCAAAGCCUCCAGCAAAGCUCUGUUGAGCUGCUGUGGUCUGUCAGAGAGAAGCUGUGGAGCUCUGUCCUCAGUUCUCAGCUCUCAGUCCUCCAGUCUGACACAUCUGGACCUGAGUAACAACCAGCUGCAGGAUUCAGGAGUGAAGCGUCUGUCUCUUGGACUGGAGAGUCCUCACUGUAAACUGGAAGCUCUCAGGUUGAGCUGCUGUGGUCUGUCAGAGAGAAGCUGUGGAGCUCUGUCCUCAGUUCUCAGCUCUCAGUCCUCCAGUCUGACACAUCUGGACCUGAGUAACAACGACCUGCAGGAUUCAGGAGUGAAGCGUCUGUCUCUUGGACUGGAGAGUCCUCACUGUAAACUGGAAGCUCUCAGGUUGAGCUGCUGUGGUCUGUCAGAGAGAAGCUGUGGAGCUCUGUCCUCAGUUCUCAGCUCUCAGUCCUCCAGUCUGACACAUCUGGACCUGAGUAACAACGACCUGCAGGAUUCAGGAGUGAAGCGUCUGUCUCUUGGACUGGAGAGUCCUCACUGUAAACUGGAAGCUCUCAGUCUGUCAGGGUGUCUGGUCUCAGAGGAAGGCUGUGCUUCUCUGGUCUCAGCUGUGAGAUCCAAGUCCUCCCAUCUGAGAGAGCUGGACCUGAGCUACAACCAUCCAGGAGACUCAGGAGUGAAGGAGCUGUCAGCGGCAGUGGAGGAUCCACACUGCUCACUGGAGACUCUCAGGGUGGACCAUGGUGGACAGCAGAGGCUCAAACCUGGACUAAGGAAGUAUUUCUCUCAACUUCAACUGGAUGAAAACUCAAUGAGCAGAAAGCUCAAACUGUCCAACAACAACAGGAAGAGUCAAACAUCUCACCUGAACGUCAGCAUGUCAGCUCCUCACCGUGGUCUUUCCAGGGACUUGAUGAACACAGAGUGAAAGUUUAGUGAAAUAAGGUCUUACAUAAGGUCAAAGAUGAGCUCACCUCAAGAAGUCCUCCUGGGAAUUCUGGAGGAUUUGAGACAUGAAGCUUUUGAAAAGUUCAAGUGGUAUUUGUGUCAAGAUGGAGUCCUUGGAGAGUUCAAACCAAUCCCAACGAGUAAACUGGAGACAUUGGACAGGACAGGCACAGUGGAUCAGAUGCGCCAGGCCUACAGCAAUCAGAUUCUUGACGUCACAAAAAUGGUUUUAAAAAGAAUGAAAAUGAUGGGAAUAUGGGAGAAACACUCCAAAAACAGCUCCGAACCUGGAGGGGAAGAUGGUCCUCAAAAGGUUUGUUUGUCAGCAACAUCGAAGAGGUGUCAGGAGAAACUCAAGUCCAACCUGAAGAGGAGGUUCCAGUGUGUGUUUGAGGGGGUCGCUGAGGCAGGAAAGCCGACCCUCCUGAACCAGAU